AUGUCGGUCCGAAUUCAGUUCGACAACCCCCAUACCUUCUAUACAAACCUCGACUUUAUCAGUGGCCGCAUUAUACUAAGUCUCACAAGUGAAGAAACAAUUCAAGCAAUCGUCGCCAAAUUGGAAGGCGAGAGCAGGACGCAGUUGAUGAGGCCAUUGGGUCCGGGGCAGAACUCAAAUUAUCAUGGGAGGAGGGAUACCCGGCAAGCGGUAGCUGGAGAGAAUCACAAGAUCUUAUACAAGGUUUUGCAAGUUUGGCCAACUGCAGACACCUCCGCGGGCUUAUCUUACACGCUGAGGCCGGGCCAGCAUGAAUACCCCUUCCGGUUCAAGAUACCUCUCAACAAUGGCUGUGCGGACCCUACCUCACAGCAGAUGGGUCUAGGAAGUGGUUUCGGUGGUUUAGGACUUGGGGGCUUACAGCAAAUGCAAUAUCGCCAUGUCAAGAAAACGCUGCCACCUUCGCUGACAGGAUUCCCUGGAGAAGCUGAGAUCCGAUACUAUGUGAAAGUAACAGUACAGCGGCCGUCAUUGUUCAAGGAGAAUCGGAGAUCUGCUAUUGGAUUUAAGUUCUUGCCCAUUGAGCCCCCGAGGCCACCUCCUACGUCGAAUGAGGCAUUUGCGCGACGUCCAUUUGCUUUCCAAGCCGGCCUGGUAUCGCAUGCAAAGAAAACAUCCAUGUUCAAGAAAAAUCCAACAAAACUUUCUGACACUGCUCCCAGCGGUGAAAUAGAUGCGCGGCUUCCAAGUCCCGCAAUCUUGACAUGUAAUGAGUCUAUUCCACUCCGUAUUAUUGCACGAAAGCUCAACGAAAGCUCAGAAAACGUGUUUCUAGUAUCAUUGCAAAUACGGUUGUUCGGUUACACGGAAGUCCGAGCACAGGAUAUAGCGAGGAAAGAAACCAGCAAUUGGAUGCUAAUGAGCUCGAACGGGCUUUCAAUACCUAUCGGUAGCCCCAGCGAUCCUCUGAAGACAGAGACAAUACUGGACAAGAGUUUGUGGGAUAGCAUUCCUCUGCCGAACACAGUAGCGCCUAGUUUUCAGACAUGCAAUUUGAGUCGAUCUUAUGAGAUGGAGGUAAGAGUUGGGCUUGGUUACGGUGUCAUUGGCGAAAUUCAGCCCCAAACAAUAACUUUACCUCUUCUCUUUCAAGUACAGAUCUUCUCCGGUAUCAAGCCCCCAGCGGCUCUUCUGGCAGCAGUAGCAUCUCAACCCCACGGUCCGCCUAUACCGGUCCGCCCAUCAACCGCAACCCACAUCCCCGUUUCAAACGUUCCUCCACCUACACCUAUCACGCCUCUUGCGUCAGAUCCUCUAUACCCGCCACAGUUGGGUACACCUGCAGCAAUGGGCGCUGAGGAAGCGCCUCCAAGUUAUGAAGAUGCGAUGGCUGAGGAUAUAACUCAAGCCGAUGGCCCGAGAAGAGAGUACAGUGGUGUAACGGAUGUGAAUGCUCCUAAUAUGGAUGAGAAGCAAAGUGCCGCGCCUAGAUACAGUACGCUAUUCUCUGGGGGAAGAGGCGGUGGAAAUUCCGGUGGUAACAGUAGGGGUGGUUCUGGUGGGGGUUUUGGUGCGGUUGUCUGA